AAACACAGAAAGAAAGAGGGAGAGAGAGUCAGUGGGAGGAAAGGAAAAAAAGGGGGUGGGGGGUUAUCUCUUAGAAUAAUGUUCCCCCCACAUAAAGAAGACGUGAAAUCUGGAUUAACCUCGUCAGCUGUGGAGCUGAUGAUAUGCGUCUGAUUUUGAUCCUUUUUCCAUCCGAGAGAACAGAGGAGGGAUGCAGCUUUAGUCUGUUCAUAGGUGUGUUCCCGUGCUUGUUGGCUGACACAUAUGUUCCUCCUUUGUUAAAAAAAAGUGAAAGGCUGCGAGGAACUCCCAUCCUGCUGACGGCUCAAGUUUGGACCUGGGUUGCCAAGUACAAGACUUGGCACAUCGGCCAUUUAGCUUCUACUGUGCCAAAAAUCUAUCUGCCCUCUGUGAUUUCUGCUGCCGGGAGCCCAGUGUACAAGCACUGGAAACGCACUUCUAUUUCUACACUUCUGUGAGCUGUGAGCUGAUGGGUUCGUUCAGCCCCUUAUGACACCUAGGGAAGAAACCCAGAACUCUUGUUCAUCAGCUUUUUGACAGGCCCAAAGCAGCUCUGCAUCACUGCUUCUGCUACGCCAAGUCAGGGCCUAGUAAAUAGAGCUGAUCUCAGAACUGUUAGGUGAUGCUGUGCCUGCUCCCGCCUGUUCACUGGCAAAUCCAAACUAUGCUUGCUGCCCUGUAGCCUCUUCUGACAGUGAUUUGAUUGACAGUGCUGGACGAAGAUAUGAUGAAGAUGCCCAGUGGCUGCACUGUGCGUGUUAAAAGGGGAAUGGUUGCUAGUGGCUCAGGCCGCAGCAUGGCCGAACAGUAGCAGGACUCUAGGGGACGCAUGAGGAUUCAGGCCAUGGAAGGGGACGUUGCAGUCGCAGUCUACACAGAGGGCUCAAAUGGUUUUCAGCAGGAAUGUCAGCAGACAGAGGAUCUAACCAAUGGCCACUCCAAACACACAUCUAUGCUGAAUGGACUUCCUCCAGGUAACGGCAUCAAGGAGAACGGCAGCAUCAACGGCAACUCUUAUCUCAAAUCCGUCCCGAUUUCAGCUCUGAAGCAAAACGGCCUUCUGCAGUCUCUGACAGUGGGAGGAGAUCAGACUAAAGCAGAAGAAGUGGACUCGGAGCUGGAGCGUGCGCAGCAGGAAUGGGACGCCCUGGAGAGCAUCCAACCAGUUUUGGUGGAAGAUCUCACUCCCUCCGCUCUGAUCUCCUUCAAUGAGGCCCUGCAGCACUUUCAGACCACAGACCUGGGUGACCUUCUGAAAAACAUUCAGCCAACCAUUCGCAGAACAGGAUUGGCUGCCAUCACUCACUUCCUGUUUGGCCCACCACGGCUACAUAAAGAGCUAGUGGAGGAGAGGGACCUGGUGUUCGCUAUCGCUCAGUGUUCUCUGGACAACAGUCAGCCGGUGCACAUGCGAGUUCUCCAGACCAUCUACAGAAAACUGACCUGCACCCGUGCGGACUGCCCCCGCUACGGCCCACACUGGGAAAACGUCGGCUUCCAGGGUACAGAUCCUGCUACUGACCUGAGAGGGACUGGAUUUUUGGGACUGAUGCACACACUCUACCUGGUCAUGGAUCCAGAGACACUACCGCUUGCCAGAGACAUUUACAAACUCUCUCAACAUCCAGUGCAGAAUUUUCCGUUCAGCGUGAUGUCCAUUAAUAUGACCCGCAUUGCCCUGCAUGCACUCAGGGAGGAGGUGCUCUCAAAGGAGUGUAACCGUCGGCAGCAGGUUGUUGGGGUACUGAAUGAUUUUUACGUGGCAACGUUUCUGCAUCUCUACCAGUUGUGGAAGACACAGAAAAAAACUAUCUCGGACUCCGGCUACGUGCUCAAAGAAGUGGAGCUCCAUGCCAAAAAGAACCCCAAGCAGGUCCUGAGACACCUCGAGACGUUCCUACAGGAACGCCGAACAGGGAUUGGCCAUCGGACAUCACCUGACACACUGUCACAGAGCAACCCGUCUCCUGGCGACAGGGAGUCCCGCGUGAGCAGCCAGGGAGGGAAGGAGGGAAAAGAGAUGAACUUUACUGGGGUGUGUGAACUUCCUCCAGAAAUGGAAGGAGAGGCCAGACUUAUCUAAGAGAGAGUGAGAGAGCGCGACUGAGAUAAAUAGAGGGAGAGAGAGAGAGACUGAGUGUAUGAGUGUGUUAGAAAGGAAUUUAGUUGUUUUUCUUGCAUUAAUACAGCCAUUAGAGAUUACUGCACUCCACAUUGUUUGAGGAGUGUGUAUGAUGAUGCAUCUAGUUAGCACCAUGCUAAUUGUCUGGAUAUAAUGUCCAGUUACUAAGCUACAUUAGCCUCGUAGCUCCAGUGCAAAACUAAAGAGACAAACUUGGGACACUAAUUAUCAACUUUGCAAUAAAUUUGAUUGUUGCAUGUUGGCCCUAGGUCUGCGUUUACACAGCAUGUGAAGAUGGCCCAAAUCCAAACUUUUUUUUGCCAUAUGACAUUUUUGACUUGAUAUUUUGAAAUCUGAUACAUAUGCAAUUUGUGGCAAAGCAACUUUGUCUGAAUACGCAUAUCGGAAUUCAUGUGACUUUUACGCCAAAGAAAAAAGUAAAAGUCAGUAAGGAGAAGGAAAUAUUGAUGUGGAGAAAAAAGCAUGACAGAGUGAGUAAGAGGUAUAUCUGUGAGAUUAGGUUAAGUUACAGACUCCAUACAUUUUUGGGGUGAGCUCUGUUUAAUCAUAUUAAAAGGCUUGUGUCAGAAACACUUAGUGCUUGUAAAGAAAUAGCCAAACUUGGUUGCAGGACACCUCUGUAACGUCAUAUGGAAAUAAAAAGCCUAAAAACAAAGUUUAAUUAAUUUAACACAUGGAUGCUAAUAAAAGCAGUGUUCAUAGCUAAAUAAGGUGCCCUGUUUACAGUGAGCUUGAAACUUCACGUGAAGUGUUGAUCUUCUGCGCAUGUUCGACAAAUGUAAGUAACAGGUCACUUUUAAAUGAUUGUGACAGCUUGAAGUUGAUUUGGCCAAAAAGUGCGAUUUGGGACACUUUUACCUGCUAUGUGAAUGUAGCCUAACAGUCCUUUCCUGAUUACAAGUGUUCCUGAUACACCAGGAGAAAACUCUUAAUGUACCCAGAGACCUUACAGAAUGCAUGAUCUACACAGUCCCCCUCUCCCUCUGUAUCUCUAUCUCUCUCUCUUUCUCUCUCAAUCUCUCUCUCUUACUCAGUCUCCCUCUUUUCUCCAGUCAUUCAUUUCCCAGGUCUGACUGAAAGACACAUGUGAAACUCCAGCUGUAGUAUUAGCAAACCUACCAACUGUCUGAUUGCUGUUUACUGAGGUACCCAAUGGCUUCUAUAUGCUCCCUUUGAAAAAGGCCAGUCUUUGUAGUUGGCAGAUGUUUAAGUCUGAAUUGUGAUCUCUAAUACUGUUAAAAGUUACAGUCACUUUAUGCUAGUGGGCUGAUUUGUGUAAAAUUAGAAGAAGCUUAUUGAACAGAACAUGGGAUUUGUAGUUUUGGUGUCGAAAAUGGUCAGAUACAGACUGGUAGGAAGGAUGAUCAAGGAAUGUGGAAGCAAGACCAUUUAUCUUCUGUGGUUCAUGUGCUUUCUAAGCACAAACAAGUAGAAGUUCUUCAGGUCAUUCAAAUUCUAUAGCAAGAAAGGAAAUUUCACAGAUUUUUAAAAAAAGUGCUGCAAAAUUCAUUGUUUGAGAUUAACACGUUCAGGUGUUAAUAGCCAUUUUAUAUACUCUCUAAACCCACCAAUAAAUACACAAGCCUAGUGACAUUCACAUGAAGAGAUGUUGAUUGGUAAAAUAAUGGAAAACCUCAACAAAUAGGUUUUCUUUGGGACAACUAUGCUGAACAGUGUACCCCUAAAAUCCAUAAAUGGAUGUAAAACAGUGUCUCAUGCAUCAGUCAGUGUGUUUAUAACCAUUGUAUAAGACACAAAAUUCAUCUGCUUCUAUUUACUGUUUCUGUGAUUAAUUCAGACUCAGUAAAUUUCUCUAAAACAGAGCUAUUGACCUCAAAACCUUAAAAUAUUUGAGAAUCCCUCAAAAUCAGUCUGUUAUCUUAAAAAGAUAUUUGAUCGCAUAGCAAAACAAUAAACAAGUAAAUAAUUUGUGAAUAAAUGUAGGAAAGUUUUAUAUAAAGUAUGGACCUUUAAAUGGGCACGUAGAUGUUAAUACAUCAAUGGUGUGAAGUUACUAUACAGUUCCACCACUAAAUCAUACUAAAUGUGUCCAUUUUAACUGGGAUUAUUAGAAUAAGCUUGGUGUACCAGUGAGUGUGAAAACAAACAAAUACAGUUACAAAAUCUCUAAACUUGUUCAGUCUUUCAAAUGUUAAGUUGUUGGAAUUGUUGAUUAAGAACACUGAAGCUCUGUUGGUGAAAACGAGGGACAUUGGUGCUUGCUUUAUCCAGCACUGUUUAGAUAAGCUACAGGAGUCCAAAACAGGAAGCAAUUUUCCUCAUCCGGACUCGUUUAGUCCUUUCCUUGGGGCAGCUGUGCCAUGAUAAGGCUAAAUAACUCGAAGGCAUUUUGAUUAGGGUUUUUGUUCUUGUCAUGUAGUUUACCAAAGAGUCUCUUAACUUUAAAAGGAGAUGGGAAUGUCAGUGGGCGUGGCCAGGUGUGAGCAAGCUUGUACGAUCAGUUAACGUGUGUUUGGUUGGUGUGUGUGAUCAGCCGCGCCGCUUAAAUCUCUCAGACUGACUAUCUUUACUGCUGUUUUUGUUCUUUGCUAAAAUGGUUUCCAGUUUUGCAAAUGGUAGAGUGUGAUUUUCUAACUGGUACCCAAAUGUUCACGCUAUGAACAAUACAUAUGAAAGAUAUAUGAAAAAAUGUGUUACAGUUAGGAUACAAUAUGUUAGAAACACCUUUAGUAGUUCUGCAUUAUUUUGAGUGAUAUUUAAAAUAUAUAUUUAAAUAAAUGGACCUUCAGAAAAACAUCCACUGGAACUCAACUACAGCUGUGAUCACAUUUAAAAACACUGUGAUUGGUUAGAGCUGUAUGUCAGAAUCGUAAAUACAAUAUUGUGAUGGCGAUUAUCAAAUUGAUAAUCCACAUCCAUGUUUGUGCAAUCUGGCAUUGCUUGUAUCCUGAAAGUGGAUGCUUGGAUGGUCUAAAAAAAGAAUUGUUUGGAAAAACUGCAAAAAACGAAAGCCUUAAGAUUGUAUGUGAAUAGUAUGUUUUAUUCAGGUUGGAUGUUGGAUGGUAAACAGCAUGUCUGAACGUGUCUGAAAGGAAAAAAAAAAUAAAUUGAAUGAAAUUGAAUAAUGCAUAAGAAAAGCAUUCAAUGAACCUAAAAGUAGAUGAUAUCCCCUGCAUAUACCACCAUUAACAUAUAAAAAACUUGUUAUUUUAUUUAAUUUUGACCUUUUUAACUACAGUUGAGUCGAGCUACAACCUAGAAAGUAUUACAAGAUGUUUUUUUUCUUUGUUAUGACCAGAACGUUCUGUAAUGAUUUCAUUUUGUAGCUUCAUUCCGGGCACAUCUAACAUUUUCAUCCUACAUCCAGCUGAAAGCUGUGAUAUUUUAUAGUAGCAAAAUAAUAAUAAUGAGAUGUUUUCAUUUAGUACAUUAACGUUUUAUGUUUUUGACAAUAUCUGUUCCAAACUAUUGAAAACUAGUGUAUAUGACCCAAAAUUGAAGAAUUAGACAUGCAAGUACAUAUUCCUGUUGGUGUUGAGCCACAUUAGAUUGAUACAAAUACAAUAGAUAAGUAUUGUGAUUUGAGUCGUGAAAGGGCUUGGGCCCCAUGGGUUGCCUAAUAUAAGUAAAUUGUCAGGUAAAUGCUGUAAAGUUCAGGAUUAUUUAUAGAAUUGUUCCUUAGCUGCCCAACUCUACACUCAAAUGUUGUUAGCAUGUCAGGUAGCGCUAAAAAUGUAGCAUCAGUUUUUUUUAUCUUAAAAAAAAAAUACACAAAAGAAAAGUGACUUGUUAAUCUUGGUGCAGUUUGUGUUUGUUUGUCUGAGUUAACAGUGUCCACUGUGGUGUUGUAUGAGUUGAAAGUGGAGCUUUUCUGGGUGUUUCUGAAUUCCUGUUUUGGAAAUCGACAUGUGGAGGUAGAAGUUCAGUGGAUGUGUAUUAGGAGUAUUAGGAGUCCUGUCACUUUACCCAGGUUAGAUUUGGGGAAAAAAAAAUCAAGUCUAUAUUUGGGUUCCUAUAGAAGAGCAGAUUUAACAGCUACAGCUUGUAAUCCAGAGAUUGAGCCUGACCAGUGAAUUUAGAGAUGUUUUGAGAUAUUGUGAACAUGUCCCAUUAAUAGUGAAGCUCACUUCAGUUUCAGAGUGCUGAGAAAACAGUUGUGAAAUUCAUCUACAAGAUUUUUCUUUGUAUGUGUUGUGGCUCAGUAUAGAACCAUUCCUUUUACCAUUAUCUUUACAAUGCACUGAAAUUCAAUUUUUGGCUAAAACUGAACAAAAUGAAACGUUUGGCCAAAGACAGUGCUAACCUAAUAGUACAUUUAUUUCAGCAGUGCUAGCCAGCUACCAGUCCAAUUACAAUUCUUAAACAUAAGUCAGUAGAGUUGCUCAAGUCACAUUUAAGUGAAAUUUACAAAGAGAAAGGCAGCCAGUCUUUUGAUAAACAAAGCAAAAAUACUAAGGCUACCAAGGUUACCUAAGCUUAGCUAACAUUACUAUCCUAGUUCUGUUUCCAGUAUCUCUCAGCUGGGAAACAGACAGUUUUGGGAGGAGGUAAACACUUUAUUUAAUUAAAUUUAAUUGAUGUGAGUAUAGCAUAAAAAUGCUUAAACCUGCCAUUUUUCAUUUUUCUUUUUGCCAGCUGUCUCCCACAUGCUUUAUAUAGCAGCAAGAGGCAUGAUGGUUUUGUAUGUCUGCUGCCACUUCUGAAAAUAUCCUAACAUUAGAGAAAACAGUAUGAAAUAUUGUUUGCUAUAAAUUAUUACAUUUUUUCACUUAUUUGGAUGAAUUGGUGGCCAUUUUUCAGACAAAUACUGUAUUUUCAGUUGCUAAAUAUUUGGUACAUCCCUACUAAAGAACCCUUUUAAGAGUUUUCUUAAAUUUUACUUGAUGUUUUUUUUAUUUUCUCCCUCUGUUUUGAAGACUCAUGUUUAAUCAUGUACAUGUAUCACAAUAUAAAACAUUAAUGCUAAAUUUGGAGUGCACUCAUAGACCCAUUUUAUUCUAUCCAACACUCUGAAAGACACAGCUCAAAUAUUAUAGCUAAUGUUGCUAACAAAAACUGAACAAUAAUAGACACCAGUUAGCACUACACAAAUGACAUUGUGCUAUUUGCUGGCCUCCAACUUUCAUAAACUCUAAGCCACAUCAGCAGGAUGGUUGAGGUGUUGUGUAAUCUGUUAAAUGGACGUUAUUUAUGGCACUUUUUCAGUCUUCGUUUUUUUUUUUUUUUUUAAAUAGUGGUGUAGUAGUCGUGUUUCAGAGGAAGGGCUGCUGUGUGUGAAUGAACGAGAGAAUGUGAGUGUGUGUAUAUUAGAGUGACAGAGACAGAAACAGAAGAUUGUAGUGAUUACAAGCGAUGGCUGGGCGUAUUAUGCAUAACUCAAACUGCAGAUCCCGUAGGGUGUUCUAUGCGGAGGAAAGUCAUGAGUAGCACAAUAUAAUGGUCCGGUGUGUUUCCUGCAGUACCGUAAUCUACCUAGCUUGAGAAUGUAUAUGUAUGUACACUAAAAAAAAACAGAAACACUGCAAAACAUUCACAUCUAUAUAUUUCUAUAGGCACCGUUAGUGAGGAGUAUAUAGUCUUACACGCAAACUGCGACUCGCUGGAUGACGUUUUUAACAAUCCUGUUUGUUUGUUUUGUUUUUGUUUUUUAUGUUCAAAUAAAUAUAUUAUUGUGGCUUCUGGGUUUGGCUGUGCUACAGUGAAGUUUAUGGAUUUUUUUAAAAACCUAUUUCCUAUGGCACAAUGGAAGAUUUGUUUGGACCAAUCGUAUGAGUGCUGAGCUCUCUGACCUUUGACUGAUGUCUCUUUUGCCUUCGGAAAGAAUCCAUUCCAGAUGUGCGUGUGAGGAUUUGGUCCCUUGAAAUCAACCAAACUGUGUCGAAUAGAAUCAGAUUCAGUCUUGCACUUCAUUUAAAAGAUGUUAAAAGAUGUUUUAUUUUUUUGCCUGUGUGGUCCCUCAGAGCAUUUUAUUGUUACCCUGAUUGUAGAGGCCCUAUUUUAUAAUGAGAAUAUAUUUCAGGAUAUAUGCGAUUGUACAGUAAUGUAUUGUAUGGAAGAUAAUAAAUAAAUGCAAAUAAACUA